AUGUGGAGGAGGUGGGAGGAGAGAGGAGGAUGUGGAGGAGGUGGGAGGAGAGAGGAGGAUGUGGAGGAGGUGGGAGGAGAGAGGAGGGAGGAGGAUGUGGAGGAGGUGGGAGGAGAAAGGAGGGAGGAGGAGGUGGGAGGAGAGAGGAGGGAGGAGGAUGUGGAGGGAGGUGGGAGGAGAGAGGAGGGAGGAGGAUGUGGAGGAGGUGGGAGGAGAGAGGAGGAGGUGGGAGGAGGAUGAAGGUUAAGGCGUCCGCAUGCUUCCCAACCAAAACAGUUCCUGCAUAUAUUAUGAUGACAUUUUGUGCUGUUCAUGCACAUAGAAAGUUUGGUAGCCGAAGUCUACGCCCCUUCGUUGGUGAUUGUUCAACAGUAGGGAUUCUACUGUGAAGUGGUUGUUUUCAUUUAACUUGUCCUCAUGCACAUUAUUUCAUUGAGAAAUACUACACCAAACAUGUUAGUUAGAUGUAAAAUUGUGCCACUAAGACCUCCUGGGCAAAAGCGUAAAAAUGUAUUACAGUUAUCUUGAGUUAUCUUAGAUUAAUUCGGACUAUUUCGAGAAUGUCUAUACUGGCUAAGGCGUCUCAAGAUGGACAAACAGUACCGCUUUUUUUCUCGUUUUUCAAGCGAAGGUCUUUUAAGGGAGUAUGCAAGGCAAAGCCGAGUUCUGCUAGAGCAAACUGAACCUAGUACACAGAUGCCUUUAGGAGGAGGAGCAGGAGGAAGAGGAGGGGAAAGAGGAGGAGGAGGGGAAAGAGGAGGGGAAAGAGGAGGGGAAAGAGGAGGGGAAAAAGGAGGAGGAGGGGAAAGAGGAGGGGAAAGAGGAGGAGGAGGAGGAAGAGGAGGGAAAAGAGGAGGAGGAGGGUGAAAUGGAGGAGCAGGAGUUGUCUGUUGCCUGUAUACAGUCUUUUUAUAUGUGGAGGAUGUUUAUAUUUGUAAUGUGGCUAUGCCUUACUUGGCCUAAUUCACCCUGAGGGGAUCAAUACGUUUUUGUUGGGGGUUAACUGCCUUGCUCAAGGGCAGAACGGCAGAUUUUUCCACCUUGCCAGUUGUUAAUCAGUUAAUCAGACUGUCGGUGUGGUUCAGACUGGGAGGACUGUGUUAGUUAAUCAGACUGUCGGUGUGUUCAGACUGGGAGGACUGUGUUAGUUAAUCAGACUGUCUGUGUGUUCAGACUGGGAGGACUGUGUUAGUUAAUCAGACUGUCUGUGUGUUCAGACUGGGAGGACUUUGUUAGUUAAUCAGACUGUCUAUGUGUUCAGACUGGGAGGACUGUGUUAGUUAAUCAGACUCUCAGUGUGUUCAGACUGGGAGGACUGUGUUAGUUAAUCAGACUGUCUGUGUGUUCAGACUGGGAGGACUUUGUUAGUUAAUCAGACUGUCUAUGUGUUCAGACUGGGAGGACUGUGUUAGUUAAUCAGACUGUCUGUGUGUUCAGACUGGGAUGACCGUGUUAGUUAAUCAGACUGUCUGUGUGUUCAGACUGGGAGGACUUUGUUAGUUAAUCAGACUGUCUGUGUGUUCAGACUGGGAGGACUGUGUUAGUUAAUCAGACUGUCAGUGUGUUCAGACUGGGAGGACUGUGUUAGUUAAUCAGACUGUCUGUGUGUUCAGACUGGGAGGACUGUGUUAGUUAAUCAGACUGUCUGUGUGUUCAGACUGGGAGGACUGUGUUAGUUAAUCAGACUGUCUGUGUGUUCAGACUGGGAGGACUGUGUUAGUUAAUCAGACUGUCUGUGUGUUCAGACUGGGAGGACUGUGUUAGUUAAUCAGACUGUCUGUGUGUUCAGACUGGGAGGACCGUGUUAGUUAAUCAGACUGUCUGUGUGUUCAGACUGGGAUGACUGUGUUAGUUAAUCAGACUGUCUGUGUGUUCAGACUGGGAGGCCUGUGUUAGUUAAUCAGACUGUCUAUGUGUUCAGACUGGGAGGACUGUGUUAGUUAAUCAGACUGUCUGUGUGUUCAGACUGGGAGGACUGUGUUAGUUAAUCAGACUGUCAGUGUGUUCAGACUGGGAUGACUGUGUUAGUUAAUUAGACUAUAGUUCAGUAUUGUGCCAGCUGCUCCGUCAGAGGACAUCAUCUGUCCUUUUGGCCUCAGACUCACUCACCGGGGCUGUACCAGCACGAAGAGUCCCCCUAGAGGCCGUAAAGGGGAGUACUGAUUUCUGUCCGCUGGCAUGCAACAGCUGCUGAAACUGUGACGUUAAUACACCAGGGCCUUUCCCAAUAGCUGUUUGGUUCCAAGUGCCUCUACUGAUUUUGCUUCUAGUCUAAACAUGGCUUUUUAGUACAAUGAAUAGAAAUGCUAAAGAGGUCUGCUGAGUGAGGGAAUUCAUCAGAGACCAGCCAAGCCACUCUUCGUGGUGUACAGUACAGUAGAGUUAUUGUAUAGCGUACUCAGACCCAAGUACCUUGCCUGAGGGCAGAGGAGUAGCAGUGCUGUAUGUUAUGUUUUUUAACAUCAUUUGGGCUCUGAUCAGACAGACACAGCCAGUUUCCCUAACAACCAGAAUAAAUUGAGUUACAGUUUGACCGUGAGAUCGCUGUAUACUCUUUAGUAUUUAUUAGGAUCCCCAUGAGCUGCUGCCAAGAUCUAAUCAUAAAGUCUAUGUGAGUCCAACAGCUCUGAGCUUCACACUUCUUCCUCUGUGAGUUGAAUUCCAACUGUGAGCUCACAGCUUGUAACACAGUAAUUGUCUGUGUGUGCUGCAGCUGGUCGGUGAGUUGCCCUCUGUGCUGCAGGAAAUUCUUAGUACACUCUAUCUUUGUGUGUUCGGUGUUGUCUUGUGUCCUUGUACCCUCUAUACAAUGUAGUGUGCGCAGCAGAAUGGGGUUAGCUGUUUGCGCCCAAACCCCCCCAAAAAAAAAGGCCAAACCCGGGGGUUGGGGGGCCCUUUACAGAAAAAUCGAGCGACCCCGGGGGUCAUUUUCCUUAAGGGAGGUUUCAAAGGGAAUGGGGCCUCAGGGUAAACUUUCCUUUUUGAGUUUAAUUUUCCCUUAAACCCCUUUUUUCCCCCUCAAAACUUUUCGCCUUCGGGGGCGCCCCCCCCCCCCCCCCCCCACCCGGGGGGGCCCCCCCCCCCCCCCCAAACCCCCCCCCCCCCCCCUUUUCUUCCAAAAAAGGUUUCUUUUAAAACUAUCCUAUUAGCUCACAUCGCCUCCCCCCCUUUUCCCCCUCUCUCUCUCUCCCCCCCUCUUUUCUUUUCCGUUUCCCCCUUUGGGGUUUACUUUUGGAGACUUUUUUUAAGGAGUAUUCUGGGGAAAAUAUAAAAAGAGUUUGGAUGGGGGGUUUACAUUACUCAAUGGUGUGGUCCUCCCCAUUGCCCAAAGGGGAAGUAAAGCUUUUUCCCCCCCCGGUGGAGUGGGGGCAAACCCUUGGCCCUAGGGGUUAAUUAUAGGGGAUAAUUUAAAAAGGUUAAAAGGGGGAAAAUCCAAAAAUUUUUUUUUUUAUGAACCCAAAGGUUUUGAGGGAGAAUUUUUUGGGAAGGGGGGGUAGGGAAGGGGGGGGGUGGGGGGGAGGAGGGGGGGUGUUUGGGUGGGGAAAAGGGGGGGGGAUGGGGGGGGGGGUUUUGGGGGGGUUGAAAUGGUUUAAAUUUUUUUUUAAGGGGGGGGGUCCCCCCUUUUUGGGGGGGGUUGGGGGGGGGGGGGGGGGGGGGGGGGGUUUUUUUUUUUUUUUUUUUUUUUUUUGGUUUUUUGGGGGGGGGGGGGGGGGUUUUUUUGGGGGGGUUUUUUUCCCCUUUUUUUUUUUUGGGGGGGGGGGGGGGUUUUAAAAAGGGGGGUUUUGGGGGGGGGGGGGUUUUUUUGGGGGGGGGUGAGGGGGGUAAAGGGGGGGGUUUUUGGGGGGAAGGGGGGGGGGGGGUUUUUAAGGGGUUGGGGGGGAAAGGGGGGGGAUAAAAGGGGGGGGGGGGGGGGGGGGUUUGGGGGUUUUUUUUUUUUUUUUUUGGGGGGGGGGGGGGGGGGGGUUUUUUUUUUUGGGGGGGUUGGGGGGGGGAAAGGGGGCAAGGAAAGGGGGGGUUUGGAGGAGGAAGGGGGGAGGGGGUUUUUGGGGGGGGGGGGAAAGGGGGUUUUUUUUAGGAAAAGGGGGGGGGGUUUAAGGGGGAGGGGGAGGGGGGGGGUUUUGGGGGGGGGGAAAGGGGGGGGGGGGGGGGUGGGGGGGGGACGGGGGGAAGGGGGGGGGGGGGGGAAAUGGGGGGGGGUUAGGGGGGGGAGGGGGUGGUUGAGUUUGGGGGGAAACCGGGGGAUGUGAGGGUAGAGGGGGGGGGGGGGUAGAGGGGGUAGAGGGGGAGAUAGAGGGGAGAUAGAGGGGGUGGAGGACAGGCGAAUAGAGUCACUUCAUUAAUCAAGCUGAAAGUGUCACCCUCAAGGAGAAUGCACCAUCCAGCCAAGAAUGUUCUAUUUUUAAAGAGAACACACUACCACUCCGUUUUUCAUUUAACUUUUCCAGGUUAUUAUUAUUUGAGAUCAAAUCUAUAUGGCAAAAGAGACCAGUGUGUGUUUCUGUCUCUUCUGUUUUUCAUGGUAAUGUGGGCUGAGAGAUGAUGAUUGGUUAGGUCUGUGUAAAGCGUAGAUAGUGGGUGGAGCCAUGUGCCCAGCCAAUCGGCUCUCUCCCCACUCAGAGCCCAGAGAGUUAAAGGAGGGUUUGUUUUGAGGGCAGAGUGAGUCCCAUUAUUACUGGGAGAAAUGUCACGAAGGUCAUGAGGGACUGUGCCCUCAUUACGGAGCUCUGCUCUAACUGUCUCUCUCUCUGUCUGUCUGUCUGUCUGUCUGUCUGUCUGUCUAACUGUCUCUCUGUCUGUCUAACUGUCUCUCUCUCUGUCUGUCUGUCUGUCUGUCUGUCUGUCUGUCUGUCUGUCUGUCUGUCUGUCUGUCUCUCUGUCUGUCUGUCUGUCUUCUGUCUGUCUGUCUGUCUGUCUGUCUGUCUGUCUGUCUGUCUGUCUGUCUCUCUGUCUCUCUGUCUCUCUGUCUGUCUGUCUGUCUGUCUGUCUGUCUGUCUGUCUGUCUGUCUGUCUGUCUCUCUGUCUCUCUGUCUGUCCCCUGAAAGCUGAUCUAGGAUCAGUUCUCUCUACUCCGGAGAAAACCUCAGCCAAUCUGUUCCCAGAUCUGUAGCUACUAGCUAACCACAGGCUGUAAACAUGUCUUUGAGAUGGGUCUUGUGCCGCGUGGCAUGUUCUAUGACGUCAAUAACGGGAGAAGCUGUAGACUAGGGGGCAGAGAGAGGGAGCUGGUGUGUGUGUUUGUGCGUGUGCCUGUGUCUGUGUGUGUGUCUGUCUGUCUGUCUGUGUGUGUGUGUGUGUCGGGUGUGUGUGUGUGUGGGUGUGUGUCUGUGUGUUUAUGUGGUAUGUGUGUGUGUGUGGUGUGGUGUGUGUGUGGGUGUUUAUGUAUGUGUGGUGUGUGUGUGUGUGUGUCUAUGUGUGUGUGUGUGGGUGUGUCUGUGUGUGGGUGUGUCUGUGUGUUUAUGUGUAUGUAUGUAUGUGUGUGUGUGUGUGUGUGUUUGUGUGUGUGUGUAUGUGUGUUUAUGUGUAUGUAGUGUGUGGUGUGUGUGUGUGUGGGUGUUGUGUGUGUGGUGUGUGUGUGUGUGUGUGUGUGUAUGUGUGUGUGUGUGUGUGUGUGUGUGUGUGUGUGUGUGUGUGUGUGUGUGUGUGUGUGUGUGUGUGUGUGUGUGUGUGUGACUGGAGGGAAGAGGGAGUGAGCUAGCAUUGACUGGCUGAAACAGAACAGUACCUCAAGCCACAGCGUUGUUUUAAUAAUGUCUCUUUCAUCAAACAGACAACACACUAUUCUCACUGUCACAUCAUCUGUGUCGAUCACAGUGUCUUGUCUUUGUGCAUCAGUGUCUAUCUCAGUGUGUGGUUCUAUGUGUCCUGUGGUUCAAUACAGUAUGAUGUGUCAGUGGAGUCUCUCUCCUAUGUCCUGUAGUUCAAUACAGUAUGAUGUGUCAGUGAAGUCUCUCUCCUAUGUCCUGUGGUUCAAUACAGUAUGAUGUGUCAGUGGAGUCUCUCUCCUAUGUCCUGUGGUUCAAUACAGUAUGAUGUGUCAGUGAAGUCUCUCUCCUAUGUCCUGUAGUUCAAUACAGUAUGAUGUGUCAGUGAAGUCUCUCUCCUAUGUCCUGUAGUUCAGUACAGUAUGAUGUGUCAGUGGAGUCUCUCUCCUGUGUCCUGUAGUUCAGUACAGUAUGAUGUGUCAGUGGAGUCUCUCUCCUGUGUCCUGUAGUUCAGUACAGUAUGAUGUGUCAGUGGAGUCUCUCUCCUCUCCUUUGUCCUAUGUAAUGCAAAGACAGGAUGCAGUACCGUGAGAGUAUAUUUACACAGCCUUACUGUAACAGCAGCAUAAUCUCCCUGCCGAGAAUGUAUCUCCCUCCCUCCCUCCCUCCCUCCCCUCUCUCUCUCUCUCUCUCUCUCUCUCUCUCUCUCUCUCUCUCUCUCUUCUCUCUCUCUGAGGGUUGUGAUCGAUGAGGAUCCAGGUUGUCCUGGGAGUCAUAGGAAAGACUAGCUCUCUCCCUCUCCUCUCUCUCUGGGAAAGACUACGUUCACACACACUCAGGUUGAUUUAUACAAGUGCUGCUGUAGCAGCAACAAUGGACUUGUGAUGUGGGAACUUUUCCCCAGUCGCUAUAGAAUGCUCUCUCUGAAAACAUUUAGAAUUGGCUGUAGAUCAGAGAGAGAGAGAGAGAGACAGAGAGACAGAGAGACAGAGAGAUAGAGAGAGAGACAGAGAGACAGAGAGACAGAGAGACAGAGAGAGACAAAGAGAGACUGAGAGUUACAGAGAGAGACAGAGAGAGAGAGAGGCAGACAGAGAGAGAGAGAGAGAGAGAGAGAGAGAGAGACAGACAGAUAGAGAGAGACAGAGAGAGAGGCAGAGAGAGACAGACAGACAGACAGACAGACAGAGAGAGAGACAGACAGAGGGAGACAGACAGAGAGAGAGGUACACCUAUAGCUCAUCUCUUGGCAGUAGUACUGUAGACUACUUUAUCACUGACCUCAAGCCAGAGUCUCUCAGAGAGUUUACAGUCAGCCCACUGACACCCCUCUCAGAUCACAGCAAAAUCACAGUCUACUAGUAGGGUGAGGCAGCACCCUGCCUCACCCUACUAGAAUCUGAAGUCAAAUGUCUACUGUUUGUUGAUGAUCUGGUGCUUCUGUCCCCAACCAAGGAGGGCCUACAGCAGCACCUAGAUCUUCUGCACAGAUUCUGUCAGACCUGGGACCUGACAGUAUAUCUCAGUAAGACAGAAAUAAUGGUGUUCCUAAAAGGUCCAAUUGCCAGGACCACAAAUACAAAUUCCAUCUAGACACCGUUGCCCUAGAGCACACAAAAAACUAUACAUACCUCGGCCUAAACAUCAGCACCACAGGUAACUUCCACAAAGCUGUGAACAAUCUGAGAGAUUAAGGCAAGAAGGGCCUUCCAUGCCAUCAAAAGGAACAUAAAAUUCGACAUUUUGUAUUUAUUAAGGACCCCCCCCGACAUACCAAUUAGGAUCUGGCAAAAAAUACUUGAAUCAGUUAUAUAACCCAUUGCCCUUUAUGGUUGUGAGGUCUGGGGUCCGCUCAUCAACCAUGAAUUCACAAAAUGGGACAAACACCAAAUUGAGACUUUGCAUGCAGAAUUCUGCAAAAAUAUCCUCAGUGUACAACGUAAAACACCAAAUAAUGCAUGCAGAGCAGAAUUAGGUCGAUACCUGCUAAUUAUUAAAAUCCAGAAAAGAGCUGUUAAAUUCUACAACCACCUAAAAGGAAGCGAUUCCCAAACCUUCCAUAACAAAUCCAUCACCUACAGAGAGAUGAACCUGGAGAAGAGUCCCCUAAGCAACACAAUUAGACCCAACCAAAUCAUGAGAAUACAAAAAGAUAAUAACUUGACACAUUGGAAAGAAUUUACAAAAAAACUGAGCAAACUAGAAUGCUAUUUGGCCCUAAACAGAAUACCUGACCACUGUGACUGACCCAAAAUUAUGGAAAGCUUUGACUAUGUACAGACUCAGUGAGCAUAGCCUUGCUAUUGAGAAAGGCUGCCGUAGGCAGACCUGGCUCUCAAGAGAAGACAGGCUAUGUGCACCCUGCCCACAAAAUGAGUUGGAAACUGAGCUGCACUUCCUAACCUCCUGCCAAAUGUAUGACCAUAUUAGAGACACAUAUUUCCCUCAGAUUACACAGACCCGCAAAGAAUAUGAAAACAAAUCCAAUUUUGAUAAACUCCCAUAUCUAUUGGGUGAAAUACCACAGUGUGCAAUCACAGCAGCAAGAUUUGUGACCUGUUGCCACAAGAAAAGGGUAACCAGUGAAGAACAAACACCAUUGUAAAUACAAUCCAUAGUUAUGUUUAUUUAUUUUCCCUUUUAUACUUAAACUAUUUGCACAUCGUUACAAACUGUAUAUAGACAUAAUAUGAUAUAUGAAAUGUCUCUAUUAUUUUGGAACUUUUUUGAGUGUAAUAUUUACUGUUCGUUUUUUAUUGUUUAAUUCACUUUUGUUUAUUAUCUACUUCACUUGCUUUGGCAAUGUUAACAUACGUUUCCCAUGCCAAUAAAACCCCUUAAAUUGAAAUUGAAUUGAGAGAGAAAGCUCAGACAAUUUGUUUGGAGCUUUAAGCAUGAGUUAGGCUGUGAGAGACUUUCCAGCCGUGUAUCUCCCCCUUCCUCCUCUUCCUCCUCCUCCUCUCCUUCAUCCCUCAGACCUGUAGUAAAUGGUUCCAGGGGAUUGGAGAGAGGGAGCUGGAGGGAAAAGAGAAAGAAGACCUCUGGACACUUUCCAUUUUCUGUGAGCUGUAAUAUCUGCAUAUCUCAAUUAAGACCUCCGGUAAAGCGGGGGGGGGGGGGGGGGGGGGGGGGUGUGUGUGUGUGUGUGUAGGGCUGAUUUAAAAAGGUUCAUUUGCCACGAGAGGCGAGGCUAUCUAGCUCUUAGCGAAUCGCCAGGAGGGAUGAUCAAUACCUUAGCGUAUUAUGAUGAUUGAGAGGAGGUAUUUAACCAAGGCUCUAAAUCAAUUUCCUCUGUCUCUAUGGGGAGGAUGGAAGGAGGGAGGGAGGGAGGGAGGAGGGAGGGAGGGAGGAGGGAGGGAGGGAUGGAGAGGUGGAGGGAAUAAUCAUCAGGAAAAUGAAGGAAGCUUUUGUUUGUGUUUGAUAUUGAAGAACCAUAUUGCAGAAUCAGAGAAGUCGUUAAUGUCAGAGAGACACAUUAAAGCGGAUGCAGGAGCACAGAGCACAAAGAGUUCCUUUUGAGGCACCCAGUCUCUACUUAGUUACUCUCUUGUUAAAGUAACUGCCCAGUGUUUCCAGAUUUCUAUGAAAUAUGACCGAUAAUUACUAUAUGAAAUAGAUUUAUUCCAAUUUAAAAUGAAAGAAUGUUAAAAUGCAGCUUUUUCUGUGUUGGAAUGGUGUGGGCGGACCCCAACAACAGAAUGGUGUGGGCGUACCCCAACAACAGAAUGGUGUGGGCGUACCCCAACAACAGAAUGGUGUGGGCGGACCCCAACAACAGAAUGGUGUGGGCGUACCCCAACAACAGAAUGGUGUGGGCGUACCCCAACAAAGAAUGGUGUGGGCGUACCCCCAACAAACAGAAUGGUGUGGGCGGACCCCAACAACAGAAUGGUGUGGGCGUACCCCAACAACAGAAUGGUGUGGGCGUACCCCAACAACAGAAUGGUGUGGGCGGACCCCAACAACAGAAUGGUGUGGGCGGACCCCAACAACAGAAUGGUGUGGGCGUAUACCAGUCAUUACAAAUAUUCAGGCAACAAUAUUCAUGCUAGUAGACCGCUGACUGGCCAGCUCAUCCUCAUCUAGACCGCUGAUUGGCUGGUUCAUCCUCCUCAGGGGAGAUGACAUCAUGUUCCUUGAGGAAAUAGCAAGCAUUUUUUAAAACGGUCUGAAUGAGAUAGUUUGAAGUGGCGUUUUUGAAGUGGGUUUUUUUUCUCUCCAAUUUAUGCGUUGGCCACAAUAUGACCAGAGGACGAGUCAACAACAUUAUUUAGAUAUGAGUUAAGAAUAUGAACUUUUAAAAGUGAGAUUUUCACUGGACAGUUACUUUAAGAUGGACACUGUUUAGUCAGCACUGGUUCAAUCUGCAUGAUCUAAAGCAGCGACAGGUUUUGUGUUCCAGGGCAUUUUAAGAGUUUACAGCACAUCCUCUAGAAAGGGCCUUCUCCAUUUUAAUGUAAUGACCCACUGUUCUCCCUGACACCAACACACUCUCUCUGAUGAGGCCCAUACAGGAAAGCACUCCAGCCUAAUGAAGGACAACACUUUUCUAUCAGGACAGCAUGUCGGUCCUGUCCUUCUGUCCUGUCCUUCUGUCCUGUCCUUCUGUCCUGUCCUUCUGUCCUGUCCUUCUGUCCUGUCCUUCUGACCUGUCCUUCUGUCCUGUCCUUCUGUCCUGUCCUUCUGUCCUGUCCUUCUGUCCUGUCCUUCUGACCUGUCCUUCUGUCCUGUCCUUCUGUCCUGUCCUUCUGUCCUGUCCUUCUGUCCUGUCCUUCUGACCUGUCCUUCUGUCCUGUCCUUCUGUCCUGUCCUUCUGUCCUGUCCUUCUGUCCUGUCCUUCUGUCCUGUCCCUGUACCAGACACACACUCACACACACACACACUGAUGCCCGCACGCACACACACACACACCACACACACACACACACACACACACACACACACACACACACACACACACACACACACACACACACACCCUGCCCCUAUAUUACACCACUGGGUAUUCUCUAAAACACUAGCAAAGAAAACCCAUGAGGCAGCUAUAUAUUAAGGGGCUUUGGGAAGGAGUGUUCAUUCUUUACUAUCUGUUACUGUUAUAUAGUUAUAAUUAUUUAUAUUAUUUCAACUGAUAGACUGGACCCAGGCUCCGAACUGGCAGAGAAUAAAUUCUAUGGAAAUAGCCAAACACCCUGUUCUAGCCUUUAGGGAGUGUAGGAGUUGUGAAUAGACCUGAUCGACUCCUCACACACACUGCCAAGCUGUUAACAAAAAAAAAAAUAGGUGGAAAUGGCUUCCAUUUUCCCAGUCUUUCUUUCUGGCUUCGGACUGUAAUCUCCUAAUCUUCUGGCUGCUUUUUCCUCUAGCCUGAUCUGCUGUGAAAACUCCUCUAGGCAAUCUCUCUUUUCUGACUCCGAGGCACUCGGUGGUUAAGACCAGGGCGCUAUCUAUCGAUCCAGGGCUUGAUGGUUUUGAGCAGCAGGUGAGCUGCCUGAAGCCUCAGCUGUGAUUUGAACCUGUCUAAUCCCGUCUGCUGUUUAGUUCAUUCUGAACGGGGGAUGGAUGGAUGCUGUUUAGUUCAGUCUGAACGGGGGGAUGGAUGGAUGCUGUUUAGUUCAGUCUGAAGGGGGGAUGGAUGGAUGCUGUUUAGUUCAGUCUGAAGGGGGAUGGAUGCUGUUUAGUUCAGUCUGAAGGGGGGAUGGAUGCUGUUUAGUUCAGUCUGAAGGGGGAUGGAUGCUGUUUAGUUCAGUCUGAACGGGGGAUGGAUGGAUGCUGUUUAGUUCAGUCUGAAGGGGGAUGGAUGGAUGCUGUUUAGUUCAGUCUGAAGGGGGAUGGAUGCUGUUUAGUUCAGUCUGAAGGGGGGAUGGAUGCUGUUUAGUUCAGUCUGAAGGGGGAUGGAUGCUGUUUAGUUCAGUCUGAACGGGGGAUGGAUGGAUGCUGUUUAGUUCAGUCUGAAGGGGGGAUGGAUGGAUGCUGUUUAGUUCAGUCUGAAGGGAGGAUGGAUGCUGUUUAGUUCAGUCUGAAGGGGGAUGGAUGGAUGCUGUUUAGUUCAGUCUGAAGGGGGAUGGAUGGAUGCUGUUUAGUUCAGUCUGAAGGGGGAUGGAUGCUGUUUAGUUUCAGUCUGAAGGGGGGUGGAUGCUGUUUAGUUCAUUCUGAACGGAGGGGGGGGAUGGAUGCUGUUUAGUUCAGUCUGAAGGGGGAUGGAUGCUGUUUAGUUCAGUCUGAAGGGGGAUGGAUGGAUGCUGUUUAGUUCAGUCUGAAGGGGGGAUGGAUGGAUGCUGUUUAGUUCAGUCUGAAGGGGGAUGGAUGGAUGCUGUUUAGUUCAGUCUGAAGGGGGGUGGAUGGAUGCUGUUUAGUUCAGUCUGAAGGGGGAUGGAUGCUGUUUAGUUCAGUCUGAAGGGGGGAUGGAUGGAUGCUGUUUAGUUCAGUCUGAACGGGGGAUGGAUGCUGUUUAGUUCAGUCUGAAGGGGGAUGGAUGGAUGCUGUUUAGUUCAGUCUGAAGGGGGGAUGGAUGCUGUUUAGUUCAGUCUGAAGGGGGGAUGGAUGCUGUUUAGUUCAGUCUGAAGGGGGGGUGGAUGCUGUUUAGUUCAUUCUGAACGGAGGGGGGGAUGGAUGCUGUUUAGUUCAGUCUGAAGGGGGAUGGAUGGAUGCUGUUUAGUUCAGUCUGAAGGGGGAUGGAUGGAUGCUGUUUAGUUCAGUCUGAAGGGGGAUGGAUGGAUGCUGUUUAGUUCAGUCUGAAGGGGGGAUGGAUGGAUGCUGUUUAGUUCAGUCUGAACGGGGGAUGGAUGCUGUUUAGUUCAGUCUGAAGGGGGGAUGGAUGCUGUUUAGUUCAGUCUGAAGGGGGAUGGAUGGAUGCUGUUUAGUUCAGUCUGAAGGGGGGAUGGAUGCUGUUUAGUUCAGUCUGAACGGGGGAUGGAUGCUGUUUAGUUCAGUCUGAAGGGGGAUGGAUGCUGUUUAGUUCAGUCUGAAGGGGGGAUGGAUGCUGUUUAGUUCAGUCUGAACGGGGGAUGGAUGCUGUUUAGUUCAGUCUGAAGGGGGAUGGAUGCUGUUUAGUUCAGUCUGAAGGGGGAUGGAUGCUGUUUAGUUCAGUCUGAAGGGGGGAUGGAUGGAUGCUGUUUAGUUCAGUCUGAAAGGGGGAUGGAUGGAUGCUGUUUAGUUCAGUCUGAAGGGGGAUGGAUGGAUGCUGUUUAGUUUCAGUCUGAAGGGGGGAUGGAUGGAUGCUGUUUAGUUCAGUCUGAAGGGGGGAUGGAUGGAUGCUGUUUAGUUCAGUCUGAAGGGGGGAUGGAUGCUGUUUAGUUCAGUCUGAAGGGGGAUGGAUGGAUGCUGUUUAGUUCAGUCUGAAGGGGGAUGGAUGCUGUUUAGUUCAGUCUGAAGGGGGAUGGAUGCUGUUUAGUUCAGUCUGAAGGGGGAUGGAUGCUGUUUAGUUCAGUCUGAAGGGGGGAUGGAUGCUGUUUAGUUCAGUCUGAAGGGGGGAUGGAUGGAUGCUGUUUAGUUCAGUCUGAACGGAGGGGGGGAUGGAUGCUGUUUAGUUCCGUCUGAAGGGGGGAUGGAUGGAUGCUGUUUAGUUCAGUCUGAAGGGGGGAUGGAUGGAUGCUGUUUAGUUCAGUCUGAAGGGGGAUGGAUGGAUGCUGUUUAGUUCAGUCUGAAGGGGGGAUGGAUGGAUGCUGUUUAGUUCAGUCUGAACGGAGGGGGGGGGAUGGAUGCUGUUUAGUUCAGUCUGAAGGGGGGAUGGAUGGAUGCUGUUUAGUUCAGUCUGAAGGGGGAUGGAUGGAUGCUGUUUAGUUCAGUCUGAAGGGGGAUGGAUGGAUGCUGUUUAGUUCAGUCUGAAGGGGGAUGGAUGAUGCUGUUUAGUUCAGUCUGAAGGGGGAUGGAUGGAUGCUGUUUAGUUUCAGUCUGAAGGGGGGAUGGAUGGAUGCUGUUUAGUUCAGUCUGAAGGGGGGAUGGAUGGAUGCUGUUUAGUUCAGUCUGAAGGGGGGAUGGAUGGAUGCUGUUUAGUUCAGUCUGAAGGGGGGAUGGAUGGAUGCUGUUUAGUUCAGUCUGAAAGAGGGGGUGGAUGGAUGCUGUUUAGUUCAGUCUGAACGGGGAGGAUGGAUGCUGUUUAGUUUCAGUCCUGAAGGGGGAUGGAUGCUGUUUAGUUCAGUCUGAAGGGGGAUGGAUGCUGUUUAGUUCAGUCUGAAGGGGGGAUGGAUGCUGUUUAGUUCAGUCUGAAGGGGGAUGGAUGCUGUUUAGUUCAGUCUGAAGGGGGAUGGAUGGAUGCUGUUUAGUUCAGUCUGAAGGGGGAUGGAUGGAUGCUGUUUAGUUCAGUCUGAAGGGGGAUGGAUGGAUGCUGUUUAGUUCAGUCUGAAGGGGGAUGGAUGGAUGCUGUUUAGUUCAGUCUGAAGGGGGAUGGAUGGAUGCUGUUUAGUUCAGUCUGAAGGGGGGAUGGAUGGAUGCUGUUUAGUUCAGUCUGAAGGGGGGAUGGAUGGAGUGCUGUUUAGUUCAGUCUGAAGGUGGGAUGGAUGGAUGCUGGUUUAGUUCAGUCUGAAGGUGGGAUGGAUGGAUGCUGUUUAGUUCAGUCUGAAGGGGGAUGGAUGGAUGCUGUUUCGUUCAGGUCUGAAGGGGGGAUGGAUGGAGCUGUUUAGUUCAGUCUGAAGGGGGGGGAUGGAUGCUGUUUAGUUCAGUCUGGAAGGGGGGAUGGAUGCUGUUUAGGUUCAGUCUGAAGGGGGGGAUGAUGCUGUUUAGUUCAGUCUGAAGGGUGGAUGGAUGCUGUUUAGUUCAGUCUGAAAGGGGGAUGGAUGGAUGCUGUUUAGUUCAGUCUGAAAGGGGGAUGGAUGGAUGCUGUUUAGUUCAGUUCUGAAGGGGGGAUGGAUGCUGUUUAGUUCAGUCUGAAGGGGGGGGGAUGUCAUGCUGUUUAGUUCAGUCUGAAGGGGGAUGGAUGCUGUUUGUUUAGUUCAGUCUGAAGGGGGAUGGAUGGAUGCUGUUUAGUUCAGUCUGAAGGGGGGAUGGAUGGAUGCUGUUUAGUUCAGUCUGAAGGGGGGAUGGAUGCUGUUUUAGUUCAGUCUGAAGGGGGAUGGAUGGAUGCUGUUUAGUUCAGUCUGAAGGGGGAUGGAUGCUGUUUUAGUUCAGUCUGAAGGGGAUGGAUGGAUGCUGUUUAGUUCAGUCUGAAGGGGGAUGGAUGGAUGCUGUUUAGUUCAGUCUGAAGGGGGAUGGAUGGAUGCUGUUUAGUUCAGUCUGAAGGGGGAUGGAUGGAUGCUGUUUAGUUCAGUCUGAAGGGGGAUGGAUGGAUGCUGUUUAGUUCAGUCUGAAGGGGGAUGGAUGGAUGCUGUUUAGUUCAGUCUGAAGGGGGAUGGAUGGAUGCUGUUUAGUUCAGUCUGAAGGGGGGAUGGAUGCUGUUUAGUUCAGUCUGAAGGGGGAUGGAUGCUGUUUAGUUCAGUCUGAAGGGGGAUGGAUGGAUGCUGUUUAGUUCAGUCUGAAGGGGGGUGGAUGCUGUUUAGUUCAGUCUGAAGGGGGAUGGAUGCUGUUUAGUUCAGUCUGAAGGGGGAUGGAUGCUGUUUAGUUCAGUCUGAAGAGGGGAUGGAUGCUGUUUAGUUCAGUCUGAAGAGGGGAUGGAUGGAUGCUGUUUAGUUCAGUCUGAAGGGGGAUGGAUGCUGUUUAGUUCAGUCUGAAGGGGGAUGGAUGCUGUUUAGUUCAGUCUGAAAGGGGAUGGAUGGAUGCUGUUUAGUUCAGUCUGAAGGGGGAUGGAUGCUGUUUAGUUCAGUCUGAAGGGGGAUGGAUGCUGUUUAGUUCAGUCUGAAGGGGGGAUGGAUGGAUGCUGUUUAGUUCAGUCUGAAGGGGGAUGGAUGGAUGCUGUUUAGUUCAGUCUGAAGGGGGAUGGAUGCUGUUUAGUUCAGUCUGAAGGGGGAUGGAUGGAUGCUGUUUAGUUCAGUCUGAACGGGGGGAUGGAUGGAUGCUGUUUAGUUCAGUCUGAAGGGGGGAUGGAUGCUGUUUAGUUCAGUCUGAAGGGGGGGAUGGAUGCUGUUUAGUUCAGUCUGAAGGGGGAUGGAUGGAUGCUGUUUAGUUCAGUCUGAAGGGGGGAUGGAUGGAUGCUGUUUAGUUCAGUCUGAAGGGGGGAUGGAUGCUGUUUAGUUCAGUCUGAAGGGGGGAUGGAUGGAUGCUGUUUAGUUCAGUCUGAACGGGGGGAUGGAUGCUGUUUAGUUCAGUCUGAAGGGGGAUGGAUGGAUGCUGUUUAGUUCAGUCUGAAGGGGGGAUGGAUGGAUGCUGUUUAGUUCAGUCUGAAGGGGGAUGGAUGCUGUUUAGUUCAGUCUGAAGGGGGGAUGGAUGGAUGCUGUUUAGUUCAGUCUGAAGAGGGGAUGGAUGGAUGCUGUUUAGUUCAGUCUGAAGGGGGGAUGGAUGCUGUUUAGUUCAGUCUGAAGGGGGGAUGGAUGCUGUUUAGUUCAGUCUGAAGGGGGAUGGAUUCAGACACUUCCAGGUGAACCGAACCAGGUCCAAAGUUUUGCUAGUAAUAAUAAUAAUAAUAAUAUGCCAUUUAGCAGACGCUUUUAUCCAAAGCGACUUACAGUCAUGCGUGCAUACAUGUUUGUGUAUGGGUGGUCCCGGGGAUCGAACCCACUACCUUGGCGUUACAUGCGCCGUGCUCUACCAGCUGAGCUACAGAGGACCACAAGGGGGAUGGAUGCUGUAAAUACUAUAAUAAGUUGUGUGGGGGGGGGGGGGGGGGGGUCUACUGAGGUAUGUGGUUGUGACUUUGCAGAUAUGUUGCUGCCCCAACCUGUACUGUAGGGGUCUGGUUUCUGGGAUGGUGCAGGAAGUGUUGCUGGUGCAGGAUGCAUGUGGAGAUAAUGUGGCUGUUCUUCUGUUGAGAUUGUAUUGGCUGUAAUGACAAGCCUGUAUGGGCCCAGCUACUCACUUUUCAUAGUGAGAAGCUAGCAGAAGUCAUUAAAAAAGUGGGCGCUGAGUUUCAUGUUGUGUGUUUUCUUCACAGAACAGAAUCCAUUUAAAUGACUGGUCUGUCUAUAUACAGUGGGGGAAAAAAGUAUUUAGUCAGCCACCAAUUGUGCAAGUUCUCCCACUUAAAAAGAUGAGAGAGGCCUGUAAUUUUCAUCAUAGGUACACGUCAACUAUGACAGACAAAUUGAGAUUUUUUUUUCUCAGAAAAUCACAUUGUAGGAUUUUUAAUGAAUUUAUUUGCAAAUUAUGGUGGAAAAUUAUGGUGGUCACCUACACCAUAAUUAUGGUGGUCACCUACAAACAAGCAAGAUUUCUGGCUCUCACAGACCUGUAACUUCUUCUUUAAGAGGCUCCUCUGUCCUCCACUCGUUACCUGUAUUAAUGGCACCUGUUUGAACUUGUUAUCAGUAUAAAAGACACCUGUCCACAACCUCAAACAGUCACACUCCAAACUCCACUAUGGCCUAAACCAAAGAGCUGUCAAAGGACACCAGAAACAAAAUUGUAGACCUGCACCAGGCUGGGAAGACUGAAUCUGCAAUAGGUAAGCAGCUUGGUUUGAAGAAAUCAACUGUGGGAGCAAUUAUUAGGAAAUGGAAGACAUACAAGACCACUGAUAAUCUCCCUCGAUCUGGGGCUCCACGCAAGAUCUCACCCCGUGGGGUCAAAAUGAUCACAAGAACGGUGAGCAAAAAUCCCAGAACCACACGGGGGGACCUAGUGAAUGACCUGCAGAGAGCUGGGACCAAAGUAACAAAGCCUACCAUAAGUAACACACUACGCCGCCAGGGACUCAAAUCCUGCAGUGCCAGACGUGUCCCCCUGCUUAAGCCAGUACAUGUCCAGGCCCGUCUGAAGUUUGCUAGAGUGCAUUUGGAUGAUCCAGAAGAGGAUUGGGAGAAUGUCAUAUGGUCAGAUGAAACCAAAAUAUAACUUUUUGGUAAAAACUCAACUCGUCGUGUUUGGAGGACAAAGAAUGCUGAGUUGCAUCCAAAGAACACCAUACCUACUGUGAAGCAUGGGGUGGAAACAUCAUGCUUUGGGGCUGUUUUUCUGCAAAGGGACCAGGAAGACUGAUCCGUGUAAAGGAAAGAAUGAAUGGGGGCCAUGUAUCGUGAGAUUUUGAGUGAAAACCUCCUUCCAUCAGCAAGGGCAUUGAAGAUGAACAACGUGGCUGGGGUCUUUCAGCAUGACAAUGAUCCCAAACACACCGCCCGGGGCAACGAAGGGAGUGGCUUCGUAAGAAGCAUUUCAAGGUCCUGGAGUGACCUAGCCAGUCUCCAGAUCUCAACCCCAUAGAAAAUUACAGGCCUCUCUCAUCUAUUUAAGUGGGAGAACUUGCACAAUUGGUGGCUGACUAAAUACUUUUUUCCCCAACUGUAUGGUACGUGCUGAGCAUGUAUAGUGUGUGUGUUAGUGUGUAGUGUGUAGUGUGUGCCUGUGGUGGCGUAUGUUGUUUAUAGUGUUUAUGUGUAGGUGUGGUGUGUAAUAGUUUGUGUGUGUGUGUGUAAGUGUGUGUGUGUGUAUGUGUGUAGUGUGUAAUAGAGUGGGGUGUGUGUGGGUAUGGUGUGUCGUGUGGGUAGAGUGUGAGUGAUCGGUGUAGUGUGUCGUGUUCUCUAUUGUGUGUGUGUUGUUUUUGGGGGGGUUUAAGUGUGUUUUUUUUUGGGGAGGUUUUUAAGUUGGGGGUUUAAUUGUUUUUUUGUUUUGUUUUUUGUUUUAUGUUUUUGGGGGGGGGGUUUUGGGUUUUUUUUUUUUCGGGGGGGGGGUUUUUUUUUUUUUUUUGGGUUUAGGGGGGGGGAAUUUUUUUUUUUUUUUUUUUUUUUUUUAAAUUUUUUUUUUUAAAUUUUUUUUUUUAAGGGGGGGGUUUUUUUUUAUUUUUUUGUUUUGGGGGGGUUUUUGGGGGUUUUUAAUUUUUUUUUUUUUUUUUUUUUUGGGUUUUUUUUUUUAGGUUUGUUUUUGGGUUUAGUUUUUUUUUUUUUUGGGUGUAGGGAUUUACAUGCGUGCGUCUGUGUGCCUGCGGCAGAAUCUACAAAAAAUGUUUUUUGUUUCUUGGCAGAACAAAUCAUUUUUAUGAUGCUCUGGACCUAUGGGUGUGCAAGCAUUGGCAGAACUCAUUAACUAACCUGUUUUCUCUGUGUUCAGGGGUUAGGGGAGGCUUCAGCGACAGGGACAGCCAUGGACGGAGACUGCCUGAGCUGCAUCAAAUACCUCAUGUUCGUCUUCAACUUCCUCAUCUUCGUAAGUAUUCUCCUGACGCACUUUUCUCCUGUGGUAUACAUACUGAACAGUACUCUUCCCAUUUAAGGUUAUUGGCAAUCAAAUGGAGGCUUUACUAUUGGGCUGGCAGAUCUAGUUGCAGGCCUUUGGUCUCAGGUUUGAGACACAUUUGUCAUCAUUUCCAUUCUCAGACAAACAGAUCCUCCCACGAGGCAACAACAUUGACUCUCUAAACCAAAAUAAAUAGCUUCUAUAGCUAUAACAUUUGACAGAUUUUUUUAUGUGACAUUCAUCGAAGAAACCCAGUUCUUUCCCAGCAGGAAGGGAUGAUGUGACGAGUGUAUGCAUGAAGCUCCUAUCUCUAGCCCCUCCCCUCCUCCUCAAUAUCCCCCUUUACUUAAAGAGAGUCACCCACUGGGAAAGCAGAUAGAGGUUUAGUGAUAGAGGGGGAGGAGGGAAUAGUGAUGAAGAGGGGGAGGAGGGAAGGGGGGUUCACUCUGAGAGGUAGAGGCAAGGCUGAAGCCCCCCCACUGACCUACCUUAUAGGCCUUAACCCACCCCCUGCUGAGGCAUAAAGACAAGAAGACAGACAGGCUUUUACCUCUCCUUCUCCCCCCUUCCUCCUUCUUAGCUCUCUCUCUCUCUCCCUUUCAUCCUCAGUAGUUCACUAUUUCAUGGUUUUAUUUUGGCCAGGGUAGUGUUUAUACACUAUUUUAAUGUUUGAACAAUAUGUAGCCUAUCACAAACUUUCCGCACCUAAAUGCAACCAUCAUCUGUUUCGGUAAAAAAGCUGAGGGAUGGAGCUGGAGAAAUGUUAACCACUCUCAAAUUCAUAGACAGAGCUAUGGAUGCGAGGACUGACCAUCCAUGAUACAAAAUGUAUAGUUUUAACCAGGUUUUGAGGCUAUACAGUGUUUGUUUACAUUUACUUUGUUUACAAACAUUGGCGUGUUAACAAGCUUGUAUUUUGGGUUCUGAUGGGGUGUACGACAGUUGAACUCAGCUCAUGAGGCAUUUAUAAGUUAUAUUCUUCAAGAAUACAUUAUUAAUUUAUAAGUCAAAAAAUGGAUGUAGCAACUGCUGAUUGCCCCUUUAAAGGUACAGAUGAACAGUUGUGGGUAAAGAUAGAAUCUACUAGUCAUCCCUUUAUUUAUAUUUACUCUUGCAGUACCCGUAUCUCUCCCUCUCCCCCAUCCCUCUCUCCCUCCCUCUUUGGUGAGGUUUUCAUAAGCCUGUGUUAGGUUUCCCACCUCACCUGAACACGUUCUCUUUCUUCCAUUCAUUGUAAUGAAUGAUGUGCAUAUAGACCAAACUAAUGGUCCUUGCUAUCUGGUAUCCUUGGGACAUCCCAACUCUGACGUCACCCCAUUGAAGUUGACAUUAAAAAAGGUUAAGGUAAGGGAUAGGGUUAGGUAAGGGUUAUGGUUAGGGUUAGGGGUUAAGGUUAGGGUUAAGGUAGGUAGGGUUAGGUAGGGUUAUGGUUGGUUAGGGGGUUAAGGUUAGGGUUUAGGUAGGGUUAAGGUUAGGGUUAGGGGUUAAGGUUAGGGUUAGGUAAGGGUUAAGGUUAGGUUAGGGGUUAAGGUUAGGGUGUAGGUUAGGUUAGGGUUAGGGGUUAGGGUUACAGGUUAAGUUAGGUUAGGUUAGGUUGUUAGGGUUAGGGGUUAGGUUAGGGUUAGUUGGGUUAGGGUUAGGGGUUAGGGUUAGUGGGUUAGGGGUUAAGGUUAGGGUUAGGUAAUGGUUAGGUUAGGGUUAGGGUUACGGGUUAAGGUUAGUGUUAGGGGUUAGGGUUAGGUAAGGGUUAAUGUUAGGGGUUAAGGUUAGGGUUAGGGGUUAAGGUUAGGGUUAGGGGUUAAGGUUAGGGGUUAAGGUUAGGGUUAGGGGUUAAUGUUAAGGUUAUGGGUUAAGGUUAGGGUUAGGGGUUAAGGUUAAGGUUAGGGGUUAAGGUUAGGGUUAGGGUCAGGUACUGCAAAGAAGGACCUAGAAAAACUGCAGCUGGCCGAGAACAGAGCGGCACGUUUUGCUCUUCACUGUAAUCAGAGGGCUGAUAUCAAGACUAUCCCAAGGAGACCGGAUAGCACUAACCCUAAACUAAACCCACUCUCUUUCUCUUUCUCUCUCUAUUUCUCCCCCCUCUUUCUCUCUUUCUCCCUCUCUUUCUUUCUCCCUCUCUCUCUCUUUCUCCCUCUCUCGCUCUCUUUCUCCCUCCCUCUCUCUCUCCCCUAGCUGGGAGGCUCCUUCCUCCUGGGUGUAGGGGUGUGGGUGCUGGUGGACCCUACAGGCUUCAGGGAGAUCGUAGCAGCCAACCCUCUGCUCUUCACUGGGGUCUACAUUGUCCUGGCCAUGGGGGGAUUGCUCUUCCUCCUGGGAUUCCUGGGCUGCUGCGGAGCCAUCCGGGAGAACAAGUGUCUGCUUCUCUUUGUAAGUCGACUGGUGAUGGUUGGGAGGGUGGCUGUUUGUGUGUGUCGGGGGGAUAUAUGUGUGCGUUGUGUGUGUGUUUAUGUUUGUCUGUUCAUUCUAUACAGUAUAUAUAGUGUAUCUUUGGUCUGUAUUUUUCGAUUUGUCGUUGUGGCCUGAGAUGGAAAAGAAAGAAGCCAUAGUAAAACAGAGAUAAUAUUAUGUCCUGCCAUCCUGAAGCAUUCUGUGCAGCUGGCCUCAUGCAUAGCUAAUGUUGAGUGGGCUCUGUGGGCUCUGUGGGCUCUGUGGGCUCUGUGGGCUCUGUGGGCUCUGUGGGCUCUGUGGGCUAUGCCAGAUUGUGAUAUUUAGUGACACACUCACUUUUCCUUUACUCUCUCUCUGUUACUCUCUCUCUCUUUGUUCCUCUCUCUCUGUUCCUCUCUCUCUGUUACUCUCUCUCUGUUACUCUCUCUGUUACUCUCUCUCUCUGUUCCUCUCUCUCUGUUACUCUCUCUGUUACUCUCUCUCUGUUACUCUCUCUGUUACUCUCCUCUGUUACUCUCUCUCUGUUACCUCUCUCUCUGUUACUCUCUAUGUUACUCUCUCUCUGUUACUCUCUCUGUUACUCUCUCUUUGUUACUCUCUCUGUUACGUUCUCUCGCUGUUCACUUACUCCUCUCUGUUUACUCUCUCUGUUACUCUCUCUGUUACUCUCUCUGUUACUCUCUCUGUUACUCUCUUUGUUACUCCUCCUUUCUCUCUCUUUCUCUCUCUCUUUUUCUUCGUUACUCUCUCCGGGUUCUUCUCUUUUGUACUCUCUCUUUUGGUUACUCUUUUAUCUCUCUUUAUUUCUCUCUUUACUCUUUCUCUUUAUCCUCUUUUUUCCCUCUUUUACUUUUACUCUCUCUCGUUUCCUUUCUCUUCUUUCCUUGCUUUCCUUUCUCUCGCUGUUAUUCCCUCGUUUUUCUCUUCUCUCUUUUAAAUCUCUCUUUCUUUAUCUAAUCUUUCUUUUCAUUAUUUUUGGGGCUUGUCUUUUGUUCUUUCCCCUUCCUUUUUCCCUUCCUUCUUUAAUUUUCUCGUUUUUGUUCUAUCCUCUUUCUCUUUUCUCUCCUUUUUUACUCUCUUGUCCCUCUCGCCCCUUUUCCCUUUGUCCUCCCCCUCUUCUUUCUUUUGGCCCCCCUUCCUCUCUCUUUUUUUCCCCCUCUCUUUUCCUCUUUUUUCCCUCCCCUCUCUCUCUUUCCUCUCUUGUCCCCCUCUCUCUCUCUCCCUCUUUUCCCCCCCCUUCUCUCUCCCCUCUUUCCCCCCCUCCCUUUCUCUUUUCUCCUCUUCUCCCUUGUUCCCUCUCUUUUCGUUUCCUUGUCCCUCCCCCCUUUCUCCCCUUUUUCCUUCUCUCUUAUUUUUUCCCCCCCUUUUUCCCUUUUUGCCCUUCCCCUUUCUCUUUCUUUGCCCCCCCUUUCUCUCUUUUUUAGAAAACCCCCCCCCUUUGUCUCCCCCCCUUCUUCUUCAAAAGGUUUUUUUUAAUUUCUGUUUUUCCCCUUGCAAAAAAUUAUUUUUUUGGGGUUUCCCCCCCCCUUUAUUUUUUUUUUAAAAAUUUUUUUGAAAAACCCUUUUUUUUUUUCUUUUCCCCCCCUUUUUUUUUUUCCCCCCCCAAAAAAUUCCCUAAAAACCCCUUCCCAAUUCCCUCUUAACUUUAUUUAUUUUUUAAAUUUUUUAAAUAAAUUUUUUUCCCCUUUUAAAAUUUUUUUUUUUUUUAAAAACAUUAUUUUUUGUAAAAACUUUUUCUAAUUUGUUAAAAAAUUAUUUUCCCUUCUUUCCCCUAAAAAAAUGUCCCCUUUUUUUCUACGAUUUUUAACAUUUUAAAUUAUUUUGAAAUUUCCUUUUUUAAAAAUCUUUUUUCCCUCCAUUCCUUUUUUAAUUUUAAUUUUUUUCUUUCCCCCCCAUUUUUUUCAUUCUUUCUCUUUUCCCUCUUUAUCUUUUUCCUUUCUUUUUUUGUCCUCUUCUUUUAUUUUCCCCCUUCUCUUUUUUUUCUUUUCCCCCUCUUCUUUUCUUUUUCCUUUUUCCCCCCCCCUUUUCCCCUCCCCCUUUUCCCUCCUCUUUUCCCCCCCUUUUCUCCCUCUUUUCCCCCCCCCCUUUCCUCUUCCCCCUCCCCUCCCCCCCUCUCUCUCCCCCUUUUUCCCCCCUUUAUUCUUUUUCCCCCCUUCCCCCCCCUCCCUCCUCUUCCUCUUUUCUCCCCCCCUCUCCUCCUUUCUUCUCCUUUCUUUGCAGUUCUUCAUGCUCAUCUUGGUCAUCUUCCUGGCAGAGUUGGCUGCAGCCAUCCUGGCCUUCAUAUUCCGGGAGCAUGUGAGUAGCUAGAUCCUCUGACCAUCCACUGGGAUGUAAAAACACUGUUCCUGUUAUCAUGAUGAUACAGUACUAUAGAACCUACAAACACUGUUCCUGUCAUCAUUUACAUUUACGUCAUUUAGCAGACGCUCUUAUCCAGAGCGACUUACAAAUUGGUGCAUUCACCUUAUGAUAGCCAGUGGGACAACAACUUUACAAAUUAUUUAUUUAUAAGGGGGGGUAGAAGGAUUACUUUAUCCUAUCCCAGGUAUUCCUUAAAGAGGUGGGGUUUCAAGUGUCUCCGGAAGGUGGUGAGUGACUCCGCUGUCCUGGCGUCGUGAGGGAGCUUGUUCCACCAUUGGGGUGCCAGAGCAGCGAACAGUUUUGACUGGGCUGAGCGGGAACUGUGCUUCAGCAGAGGUAGGGGAGCCAGCAGGCCAGAGGUGGAUGAACGCAAUGCCCUCGUUUGGGUGUAGGGUCUGAUCAGAGCCUGAAGGUACGGAGGUGCUGUUCCCCUCACAGCUCCGUAGGCAAGCACCAUGGUCUUGUAGCAGAUGCGAAUUUCAACUGGAAGCCAGUGGAGUGUGCGGAGGAGCAUGGUGACGUGAGAGAACUUGGGAAGGUUGAACACCAGACGGGCUGCGGCGUUCUGGAUGAGUUGUAGGGGUUUAAUGGCACAGGCAGGGAGCCCAGCCAACAGCGAGUUGCAGUAAUCCAGACAGGAGAUGACAAGUGCCUGGAUUAGGACCUGUGCCGCUUCCUGUGUAAGGCAGGGUCGUACUCUCCGAAUGUUGUAGAGCAUGAACCUACAGGAUCGGGUCACCACCUUGAUGUUAGCGGAGAACAACAGGGUGUUGUCCAGGGUCACGCCAAGGCCCUUUGCACUCUGGGAGGAGGAUACAACGGAGUUGUCAACCGUGAUGGCGAGAUAUGUUAUCAUGUUAUCAUGAUGAUACAGUACUAUAUAACCUCUGACCAUACAGAACUAAUAUUAACAUCCUCCAUGUUCCUACCUAGUUGACCAGAGAGUACUUCACUAAUUAGCUGAACUAAUAUUAACAUCCUCCAUGUUCCUACCUAGUUGACCAGAGAGUACUUCACCAAGGAGCUGAAGAGACACUACCAGGGCUACAACAACACUGAUGUCUUCACUGGAACCUGGAACGCCGUCAUGAACAGUGUAAGGCUAAUAUACUGUGAGGUUAAAAUCCAUUUCAAUCUACUCAAUUCAAGUAUAUUCCAUAUCAGUUCACUUCCAGAUGUGACUGACUUCAAAUGGAAUUGAACCCAACCGUGAGACUUGCUGUUGGUAGACAUGUACAAAAUACAAUCAUCUACUUAGCAGACACUUUCGACCAAAGUGACUUACAUGGCUCUGCAUCCAUUUUCAGUAUCUGUAUGUGAUUCCUGCGGGAAUUGAACCCAUCAACCUCUGUGUCCCCCCAGUUUGACUGCUGUGGAGUGAACAGCCCGGAGGACUUUGAGGAGAGCCUGUUCCGGCUGAUCAACCGUAACGAGAUGGUCCCUGCAGCCUGCUGCAGGAGGGUAGCACGCUCAGCCUAGUGCCAAUGUCUGAUGGGAAUUCUUCAAAGCAACAAGGGGGUGUCUGAUGGGGGAUGCUUCUGUGAGUACAUGGUGGGAUGUGGUUGUGUGUGUGUGUGUGUGUGUGGUAGGGGUGUGUGGUGUGUGUGGUGGGUGUGGGUGUGUGUGUGGUGUGUGGUUGUGUGUGGUGUGGGUUUGUGUGGUGUGUUGGGUGGUGUGUGGUGUGUGUUGUGUGUGUGGUGUGUGUGUUGUGUGUGUGUGUGUGGUUGUGUGUUGGUUGUGUGUGUGUGGUGGUGUGGUGGUGUGUGUGUGUGUGGUUGUGUGUGUGUGUGGGGUGUGGUGUGUGUGUGUGUGUGUGUGUGUGUGUGUGGUGGUGUGUGUGUGUGUUGUGUGAAUUGGUGACUGAGUGGUCUGUUCUUUGUGUGUGUGUGUGUGUGUGUGGUUGUGUGUGGUGUGUGGUGUGUGUGUGUGACAUGGUGACUGAGUGUCCUGUCUCUCUCUCUGUGUGUGUGUGUGUGUGUGUGUGUGGUGUGUGUGUGUGUGUGGUGUGUGUGUGUGACAUUGGUGACUGAGUGUCCUGUCUCUCUCUCUGUGUGUAUGUGUGUUGUGUGUGUGGUGUGUGGUGUGGUGUGUGUGGUGUGUUGUGUGUGUGUGUGGUGUGUGUGUGUGAACAUUGGUGACUGAAGUGUACCUGUCUCUCUCUCUGUGUGAUGUGUGGUGUGGUGUGUGUGUGUGUGUGUGGUGUGUGUGUGUGAUGUGGUGUGUGUGUGUGACAUUGGUGACUGAGUGUCCUGUCUCUCUCUCUGUGUGUGUGUGGUGUGUGUGUGUGUGUGUGUGUGGUGUGUGUGUGUGUGUGGUGUGUGUGUGUGACAUUGGUGACUGAGUGUCCUGUCUCUCUCUCUCUGUGUGUCGGCAGGGUUGUUACUCAGCGGUGGUGGACUACUUUGAGCUAUAUAUCUAUGUGGCUGGAGCACUGGCCAUCGUGGUGCUCACCAUUGAGGUAGGAUUCAAUAUUUUGUUUCUUAUAAUGAACAUUUUGUGAGUAGCACCCGAAUCAACCAGAUUUUUCCUUAUCAGUGUAUGUGAUUAGUAAUGUAGGCUGUUUCGUAACUUAUCUCCCCCACACAUAGCACACAGUACACAGUACACAGCAACUGACGCUGAUACUGGGGAGCGCAUCAUUUGAAACAAGCGCUAGUCACUUCAUUAACCUUUUUACAGUACUAUAGCCCCACCUGGUGGAGAGUAUUGGUAUUGCCGGACUGUUACUCAACACACAGUACAUUACAUAGGACAACAUACCAUGAAGGCACCUCUGGGGUAUAAUGACUAUAGAUAUGGCAAUCUUUUCCAUUGAUUAGGUCAAGCCAGAACUAAGUCGUCUAAUCAUGUUUAAACACUUGUCUUGUUUCUGUGCCCUGACUGCAUGUCCGGCCUCUCCUGUGUCUCCCCUACAGCUGUUUGCCAUGGUCUUUGCCAUGUGUCUGUUCAGAGGGAUUCAGUAGGAUGAAUGACUGCUGCACCGCACGGACGGCAAGACUUUGUGGAGCUAGAAAAGGGAAUUGCAGGCGAUGAAAAUAAACAUUAAACAUUUAAGAAAUGUAUAUCUGCUAAACAAAUUGGUUGGAAAACAAACAAAAGAACAACACUAGAAAAACAACAACAACAACUCGUACUUCUCAGCUGGACUUUUGAGGUACAGGGUGAGAAAAAAAAAAAAAAAAAGAUAGAGAGAAAAAAAAUAAGACAAGAACAACAAGAAAACGUAAAGUGAUUUGUGUGUAAAGUGAAACAGCUGUUUGGAGGACCUGGUGUAUAGUAGUGGAGAAGAGGACCUGGUGUAUAGUAGUGGAGAAGAGGACCUGGUGGUAUAGUAGUGGAGAAGAGGACCUGGUGUAUAGUAGUGGAGAAGAGGACCUGGUGUAUAGUAGUGGAGAAGAGGACCUGGUGGUAUAGUAGUGGAGAAGAGGACUGGUGUAUAGUAGUGGAAAGAGGACCUGGUGUAUAGUGUGGAGAAGAGGCCCUGGUGGUAUAGUAUGUGAAGAAGGACCUGUGGUAUAGUAGUGGAGAAGAGGACCUGGUGGUAUAAGUAGUGGAGAAGGCCCUGGUGGUAUAGUAGUGGAGAAGAGAACCUGGUGUAUAGUAGUGGAGAAGAGGACCUGGUGGUAUAGUAGUGGAGAAGAGGACCUGGUGUAUAGUAGUGGAGAAGAGGACGGUGGUAUAGUAGUGGAGAAGAGGACCUGGUUAAAUAGUAGUGGAGAAGAGGACCUGUGAUAUAGUAGUGAGAAGAGACCUGGUGGUAUAGUAGUGGAGAAGAGGACCUGGUGGUAUAGUAGUGGAGAAGAGACCUGGUGGUAUAGUAGUGGAGAAGAGGACCUGGUGUUAGAUAUUGGAGAAGAGGACCUGGUGGUAUAGUAGUGGAGAAGAGGACUGGUGGUAUAGUAGUGGAGAAGAGGACCGGUGGUAUAGUAGUGGAGAAGAGGACUGGUGUAUAGUAGUGGAGAAGAGGGACCUGGUGUAUAGUAGUGGAGAAGAGGACCUGGUGGGUAUAGUUAGUGGAGAAGAGGACCUGGUGUAUAGUAGUGGAGAAGAGGACCUGGUUGGUAUAGUAGUGGAGAAGAGGACAUGGUGUAUAGUAGUGGAGAAGAGGACCUGGUGUAUAGGAGUGGAGAAGAGGACCUGGUGUAUAGUAGUGGAGAAGAGGACCUGGUGGUAUAGUAGUGGAGAAGAGGACCUGGUGUAUAGUAGUGGAGAAGAGGACCUGGUGGUAUAGUAGUGGAGAAGAGGACCUGGUGGUAUAGUAGUGGAGAAGAGGACCUGGUGUAUAGUAGUGGAGAAGAGGACCUGGUGGUAUAGUAGUGGAGGAGAGGACCUGGUGUAUAGUAGUGGAGAAGAGGACCUGGUGUAUAGUAGUGGAGAAGAGGACCCGGUUGAAAGUGGGCGUGGUGAAGGAGAAGACCUGGUUGAAAGUGGGCAAGGGGAAGGAGAGGACCCGGUUGAAAGUGGGCGUGGUGAAGGAGAGGACCCGGUUGAAAGUAGGCGUGGUGAAGGAGAGGACCCGGUUGAAAGUAGGCAUGGUGAAGGAGAGGACCCGGUUGAAAGUGGGCGUGGUGAAGGAGAGGACCCGGUUGAAA